AUGCUCGCCGGUGAGUUAUGCUUGGGAAAGGGUACGACAGCACAAUCAGGGUGGAACUUGCCGGCAGUAUUUCAAGGUGGUUUCUGGAAGCUACGCCCACGGCGCAGUGCCCGGCUUACGUAUAUCCAUCAUGGAUACGAUCAAGUAGAUUUCCUCUACGGGAACGCCGACAUUAUGGUCUGGUCCAUGAUUGAGAUAGGGGUUAGCAUCAUAGCGAUAUCAGCUGUGACGCUGAAGCCGCUAUUGAUGAAAUACAGAAUCUUCUUCCACUCGCAAGACACCAGUGGACGCACGCCACACGACCGAGGACGCAUCUACGGGACUGACGCUGGGGAUUUCACGUGCACAAUUGGCUCAGCCCCCUCUCGAAAGAACCACUAUAGUCGACAACAUAGAUCCUCCACUCAUGGUAGAAUGAGGACGGAUACCUCAAUUGUCAACGGACGGUCAUCGUCUGAGGAAAACAUCUGGAUAUCAAAAGGGGAUGGGCACACCGUGCCUAGUAGAGAAGGGGUCGACGAUGAUUUGGAACUCAUUCCGAGGGGCCAAAUACAAAAGGUUGUUGAGUUUUCGGCAACAAUGGUUGCAAAGGAACCAGACCAUGAUUCCAAACCAGUUUCUGACCCUAGGUAUUCGGAGCAGGCGUAA